CUUGCGGAACCCUAUCAUCAUAUACUUGGACAUGUAUGGUUUUGAAUUUCCUUCAAAUGCGUAAUUCUCCAAUUUUACCAGUAUUAAAGGUUAAUAGAAAAAAUGAAGAUAUUGAAUUGUUGAAAGUCGGUUACAAAAAUAAUGAAUCGAUUGGAAGGUGCCUUAAUAAAUACAAAAAGAAUUGGAUGCGUUGGAAAUUAUGUAUAGAAGAACCUUUUAAUAUAGAAAGGAAUCUUGGAAAUGGAGUGAGUUAUGAUAGUUUUAAAAAAAUUAGGAAGGAAUUUCAUAGAGCAGUAAGAAUUCUUUAUAAAGCGGAUCUCAAAGUUUGUUGCCAAGCACUUACACCACAAGCCGAGAUUUAUGAAAAGUAUGAAUAUAAUGAUGACGGAUCUAAUAUAAUUACUAAUAUAAUUACUACACUACUAGAUGAGAUUUAUGAGUAUGAAAAUUAUGAUGAUAGAUCUCUUGUAAUUACUUCAGAAGCUUUAAAUGGUAUUAGUGCUAAGUAA